CAUUUGGACGGAAAAGUGGAUCCAACGGCGAAUAUGACUCCUGAGCAGUUACAGUUCCAUUAUUUCAAUAUUCACGAUUUGGACAAGAACGGAAAUCUGGACGGUAUUGAAUUGAUUAAAGCGAUCACACAUUUUCAUCAAGAGAAUCCAGCUGCAGGACAUCAAGGUAACGCUCCUCCACCGUUGCCGUCUGAAGCGGAACUUGAGCAAAUGAUUGACUCGAUCUUGCAAGAGGAUGAUUUCGAUAGAGACGGUCGUAUUUCUUAUGCGGAAUUUUUGAGAGCACAAAAGCAACGAGAAGCCAACCAGCCACAACAGUGA